CGGAACCAUUUAAGACGGACGACUUUGGCCGUCGGACGCGUGUGGCGUAAACAUGGCAGAGGUGCUAGAUAAUGUUCCAGAACAUUGUCCGGGUACAACAAGUGAGCAAGCAGGAAAGUCAUCGACAUGUCAGGGCUGCCCCAACCAGACGCUGUGUGCAUCUGGAGCCACCAAGGCUCCUGACCCUGCCAUAGCAGAAAUAGGGGCAAAGCUGUCGUCAGUCAAACACAAGAUCCUUGUUUUGUCCGGAAAAGGAGGCGUGGGGAAGAGCACGUUUAGUGCUCACCUGGCCCACGCCCUGGCAGGAGACAGCACGAAGGAGAUUGCCCUGCUGGACAUAGAUAUCUGUGGUCCCUCCAUUCCAAGGAUCAUGGGCUUGGAGGGAGAACAAGUUCACCAGAGUGGCUCAGGCUGGUCUCCAGUGUAUGUGGAGGACAACUUAGCGGUCAUGUCCAUCGGCUUCCUCCUCAGUAGCCCCGAUGAUGCCGUGAUCUGGAGAGGACCCAAGAAGAAUGGGAUGAUCAAGCAGUUUUUGAGGGACGUUGACUGGGGGGAGCUGGAUUACCUCAUUGUGGACACGCCCCCUGGCACCUCCGACGAGCACCUGUCAAUUGUCCAGUAUCUUGGCUCCACCCACGUCGAUGGAGCCGUCAUCAUUACCACACCGCAGGAAGUGUCGUUGCAGGACGUGCGAAAGGAGAUCAGAUUUUGCCAGAAGGUCAAGCUGCCAAUCAUUGGAGUGGUGGAGAACAUGAGUGGCUUCGUCUGCCCUAAAUGCAAGAACACGUCACAAAUCUUCCCCCCCUCCAGCGGAGGUGCUGAGAAAAUGUGCGCCGAUCUAAAUCUACCUCUCCUCGGAAAGGUACCUUUAGACCCGAGGAUAGCUCGAAGCUGUGACGAGGGGAAGUCUUUCCUCAGUGAAGUGCCCGACUCGCCUGCUGCUAAAGUCUACCAGAAAAUUGUGCAAAGUAUCCAGGACUACUGUUCCAACAGUGCGACCCAGCAGCAGGACAUCACCACCAGACAAGAGUGAAACGCAUGAAUCAAAUGAACAUGCUAUGUUUAUCAAAGCCGGUCAGUAUCAUUGACACGCAAUUCAUGACAAAAACCGGCUUUAAUAUCACUUUAAUGAGCUAGUUUAAAAAAAAAGAAAAAAAGAGAGCACUAUUUUGAAUAUGUAUUCCUGAAAUACAAGUCAUUCCUCACAAAUUUAUAAAUGUAUGAAGGUUUUUAAAGAGCUGGGCAAUAAUAAAUAACAGUACAAUGCAAUCGUUUUCAGCCUUGGAUUAAUAUAAGUUUGCAUGAGCAAGGAUUUGCAGCAGCAAAAUACUGAUUGCAGGUUUGACUCAACUGGUCAUAAGGAACAUAACGGUCUGCUUUUGAAUAGUUUUUUGGAGUACAAUAUAUCGACAUUGGGUUGCACCGACACUUGAAAGCGUGUGGAGUUUCUUGUUGAUUGUGUUCAUAUUCAUGUGUAAACUCAGGUAGUGUCGAAGGCUCCCUCUGCUUCAUUUACACGUUUCUUUAUUUUCUUUUUACCAGGAAUGAAUACUCUUCUUCAAUUACUACCUGGUAUUUGGGGAAGUCGAUACGUUAGAUCAUAUUUCAAUGCAGCUGUGAAUUGUAUUUGUGCAUCCACUGGCUCUAAAUCAAUAGUGAAUAGGAUGAUAUGUAGAUGUUGAUACAGAGCAUAGCGUGACAUUUCAACUUCUCACUCGAUUGUGCUUCCCGUGCGAUCGUUUUCAUUCCAUCUCUACAAGUUUGGUUAGAUAUUUACCGUCCAACCAAAGCCAAGUUAACAUCACAUUUAUUUGUAAUUUGAGAGACUUGUUGUAACUCUUUUAAAACAACAAUUUGAAUACCAAUGUUUGAGAUGAUUUAUAAAAAAUAUACUUUGCA